AUGGCGCAGGUCUACAACGAGAAACCGCAAGCACCUAUGGGCUAUGCCCAACCACCUCCUCAGGCUGGAGGGGUCUACACCCAACAACCACCUGGAGGCUAUGCCCAGCCACCACCUACAGGCAUCUAUGCCCAACCACCUCCUGGAGGCGUCUACACCCAACCCCCACCCACAGCUCCUAUGAACAUGGGAGGCGGGAACCGCAACGUUCGGGGUCUUCCUUACGACGCCAAUGGUCAACGAGAAUGGAGCCACGGACUUCUUGGGUGUUUUGGAGAUAUCAAGACUUGCUGUCUGGCAUCGUGGUGCCCCUGCCUCGCGCACGCCAGGAACAGGCGCCGGCUGCACCACCUCGAGACGACUGGCCAGCCUGAUCCUGACCGUGACGGUCUCUGCGGCCCUGAUGGAUGGCUUUACACCUGCUUGGAAGUUGCGUGUGAUAUGGGGUGGAUCCUUCAGAUCGGUACCCGAGCCGCCAUCCGCCAGCGCUACAACAUCAGGGGAAGCGACGGGGGAGACUGUAUGGCGGCGUUCUGCUGCCAGGCUUGUGACCUCGUGCAGGGGAGUAGGGAGCUGGAGUUGGAGGAGGAUAGCUUUGGUCCGCAGUAUGCGCCGGCCCCCCCUGGUGCUCAUGGUGCUCAUGGUGCUCCUCAAGGACCGCAAGGGCAGGUCGUUCAGAAGGUGUAG